CCGCUGUGCCCCCUCAGGAAGAAAAGCUUCGUCCUGAGCUUCGCGGCGCACAACGGGCAGGGCCAGGACACCUUCGUGCCGCUGCUCAGCGACGGCGACCUGGCCAACGCCUUCAGCUGCGCCCGGCCCGCGCUGAGGCUGCGCCUGGACGUCAGGAACGGCCCCGAGAGCCCGCUGCUGGAGGACUGGGACAUCAUCAGCCCGCGGGAGGUGGCGGCGGCCGAGCCGGUGCCCGAGCGCCGCUCGCUGCUGGCGGCGGCCCUGCCCUUCACCCAGGCGCUGCUGGCACAGCACCUGCGCCUCAAGGCGGCCGAGUACUCGUCCCUGAAGGCGGCGCUGGCGGCGCGCGCGGCGCCGGCCGAGCUGGCGCAGGUGGCGGCGGCGGUGCGCAAGGACGUGGUGCGCACGGACCGCGCCCACCCCUACUUCGGCGGCCCCGAGGAGGGCCACCCUCACCUGGCGGCCCUGCAGGCGCUGCUGACCACCUUCGCGCUGGGCCACCCGCGCCUCUCCUACUGCCAGGGCAUGUCGGACGUGGCGGCGCCGCUGCUGGCCGUGCUGGACGACGAGGCGCAGGCCUUCGUGUGCUUCUGCUCGCUGAUGCGCCGCCUGGCGCCGCGCUUCCGGCCCGGCGGCCGCGGGCUGGCGCGGGCCUUCGCCCACCUGCGGCGGCUGCUGCGGCGCGCCGACCCGCCCUUCUGGGCCUUCCUGGCGGCGCGCGGCGCGCACGACCUGCUCUUCUGCUACCGCUGGCUGCUGCUGGAGCUGAAGCGCGAGUUCGCCUUCGACGACGCCCUCAAGGUGCUGGAGAUCACCUGGAGCUCGCUGCCCCCCGCGCCGCCCCCGCCCCCCGAGGGGGUCCCGCUGCUCGGAGCGCCCCUGGGAGCCCGCGGGGCCGGCCGGGCGCUGCGGGAGCGCCGGGGGCUGCGCCCGCGGCCGCCCCGCAGGAGGAGGAGGAGGAGGAGCGUGGAGGAGGAGGAACGUGCCGGAGGGCUCGCGGAGGGUUCCGGUGGUGGCUUUGGGGGUCUCAAGGCUUCCAGCGAUGGCCCUGAGGGUCCCAAGAGCUCCGGAGAUGUCCCCAACAGUCACAAAAUCUCCAGCGAGCUCUUUGAGAGCCCCAAGAGCUUCAGCGAUGUUCUGGAAGGUUCCGAGGGCAGCCAGGAGGAUCCCAAGAGCUCCAGUGAUGUCCCCAACCGUCUCGGGGACAGCCAAAAAGGGCCCAAGAUCUUUAAGAACGUUCAGGAAGGUCUUGAGAGCUCCAGCGAUGUCCCCAAAGGUCACAAGAGCUCCAGGAAGGUCCAGGGGAGAUCCCCCAGGGAUGCUGGAGGAGCCCCCGAGGGCUCCAAGGACUCGGAGCCAGGUGGCCCCAGGAAGGUGGAGGAAGGCACCGACGCCCUGGAGAUCGACCAGAGACCCCACAGCCUCUGCUGGGGGGCUGGAGAAGACCCCAGAGAAGGACAGGAUGACCGCAGAGAGGGACAUGAUCCAGGAGAAGGACGAGGUGGCCCCAAAGAGGGACCGGACGACCCGAGAGAAGAACCGGCUGACCCUGGGAUGAAUCGUGGUGACCCCAGAGAGGGUGACGAUGAUCUCGGAGAAGGACACAACAUUGGAGAAGGCCACAACAGCCCCAAGGAUGUCCGCCAUGACCCCAGGGAUGGACACCGUGGCUUCAGGGAUGGCCGUGGUGACCCCAAGGAAGGAUGCGAUGACCCCAGACGUGGCCGUGACGACCUCAAGGACGACCACCGUGACCUCAAACCCAACCACGACGACCCCGAGGAAGGACGUGACGACACCAAACACGGCCACGAUGACCUCGAGGACGACCACCGUGCCACCGACAACCCAAAAAGCCCCGAAGACCCUUGGGGCGGCCGUUGGGCUUGGGAAGAACCUUCCUCGUCCUCGUCCUCGUCCUCGUCGUGCUCCUCGGGCUCGUCCUCCUCGGACGAGGAGGUGACGGUGGAGGACGACGGCGCGCCGCUGCCACCGCCAGAAGAGCUGGGCCAGGGGAACCCCUUCCUGCUCUUCGUGUGCCUGGCCAUGCUGCUGGAGCAGCGCGAGGCCGUCAUGGCGCGCGCCGGCGACUACAACGAGGUGGCCAUGCACUUCGACCGCCUGGUGCGCCGCCACCACCUGCCGCGCGUCCUGCGCCGCGCCAAGGCGCUCUUCGCCAGGUACCUGGAGGGCUGGGGGGCCACCGCGCCGGGGGGACCCCAGACGGGACCUCCUUCGGGGCAGGGCGUGACCUCGGGAGCCCCGACGGGGUAGGGGGCGCGGGUGGGAGAGAGGGUGGGAACGUGGAGGCCACCGUAGGGAGGUCUGUAGGACAAGGUGGUGACCCCAUAGAACAUCUCCAGGAGGUGCUGAGGUCAUCGUGAGAGGCUCCAAAGUCACUGGAGGUCUGUAGGACAAGGUGGUGACCCCAUAGAACAUCUCAGAGCGGUCCUGAGGGGCCCCAAAGUCACUGGAGGUCUGUAGGUCAAGGUGGUGACCCUGUAGAAUAUCUCAGAGCGGUUCUUAGGGUCCCCAGAGUCACUGGGGGUCUGUAGGACAAGGUGGUGACCUCGUAGAACAUCUCCAGGAGGUUCUGAGGGGCCCCAAAGUCAUGGGAGGUCUGUAGGACAAGGUGGUGACCCCAUAGAACAUCUCAGAGUGGUCCUGAGGUGCCCCAAAGUCACUGGAGGUCGGUAGGACAAGGUGGUGACCCCAUAGAACAUCUCAGAGUGGUCCUGAGGGGCCCCAAAGUCACUGGAGGUCGGUAGGACAAGGUGACCCCAUAGAACAUCUCAGAGUGGUUCUGAGGUCAUCAUGAGGGGGCCCAAAGUCAUUGGAGGUCUGUAGGACAAGGUGGUGACCCCAUAGAACAUCUCCAGGAGGUGCUGAGGUCAUCGUGAGAGGCUCCAAAAUCACUGGAGGUCUGUAGAACAAGGUGGUGACCCCAUAGAAUAUCUCAGAGUGGUCCUGAGGUCAUCAUGAAGGGCCCCAAAGUCACUGGAGGUCUGUAAGUCAAGAUGGUGACCCCAAAGAACAUCUCCAGGAGGUGCUGAGGUCGCUGUCGCCAGCCUUGGACGCUCUUGGAGUUCAUAGGACAACAUGGAGACUCCAUAAAACAUUUCCUUGAGGUCAUCAUUGGGAUCUCCUGGUCACGCUGUGGGUGUGUAGGACAAGGUGGUGACCCCAUGGAACACCUCCAGGAGGUCCUGAGGUCAUCAUGAAGGUCUCCAAAGUCACUGGAGGUCUGUAGGACAAGGUGGUGACCCUGUAGAAUAUCUCAGAGUGGUUCUUAGGGUCCCCAGAGUCACUGGAGGUCUGUAGGACAAGGUGGUGGCCCCGUAGAACAUCUCAGAGUGGUUCUGAGGUCAUCAUGAGGGGCCCCAAAGUCACGGGAGGUCUGUAGGACAAGGUGGUUACCCCAUAGAACAUCUCCAGGAGGUCCUGAGGGGCCCCAGAGUCACUGGAGGUCUGUAGGACAAGGUGGUGACCCUGUAGAACAUCUCCAGGAGGUCCUGAGGGGCCCCAGAGUCACUGGAGGUCUGUAGGACAAGGUGGUGACCCUGUAGAACAUCUCCAGGAGGUCCUGAGGGGCCCCAAAGUCACGGGAGGUCUGUAGGACAAGGUGGUGACCCCAUAGAACAUCUCCUAGUGGUUCUGAGGUCAUCGUGAAGGGCCCCAAAGUCACUGGAGGUCUGUAGGACAAGGUGGUGACCCCAUAGAACAUCUCCAGGAGGUCCUGAGGUCACCUUGGGGACUCUGGUCACUGUCAGGGUCUGUAGGACACUGUGGGGACACCACGGACCCCACGUGGGGACAGGUUGGCCCUUUUGGGGACCCCAAGGCCACCAUGGAGACCCCAGGGACCCCCCAGAGCUCCCCAUGACCCCCCCAUGGCAGCAGAGACCCCUCCCAGUAUGAACCAGUAUGAACCAGUACAGCCCAGUGCCUCCCUGCUGGGUUCUGCACCGCCGUGGGACAUCCCAGUAAGAACCAGUAUGAACCAGUAUGAACCAGUGCAACAUCCCGGCUGGGAGCUCCUCCAUCUGCAUUGCCUUGGGCCGGACCAGUAUGGACCAGUAUGGACCAGUAUGGAGCAGGAAGGGGCUGGGAGCCCAACUGGGAGCCCCACGUGCAUCACCUUGUGCCAGACCAGUAUGGACCAGUACAGACCAGUAUGGACCAGUACAGACCAGUAUGGACCAGUGCCUUGCCACGGCCUUCAGCCAUCCCAGCACGCACCAGUAUGGACCAGUAUGGACCAGUAUGGACCAGUCCGGCAGCCAAACUGGGAGCUCUUCACCGGCGUGGCCUUGUGUCCUCCCAGUAUGGACCAGUAUGGACCAGUACAAACCAGUCCAGAUCUCCUCCUGCCUUGCGUGCUCCCAGUACAGACCAGUAUGGACCGGUAGGGUGCCCCCACCGCUGUGUUGAUGCCCGUAGGCCUUCUCCCAGUAUGGACCAGUACAAACCAGUUCCUGCCUCCCACCCUGGGUGCCUUCUCCCCUCCCCCCCUUAUUUAUUGCCCCUCCCCCUCCAGCCGGGGGGGUCCCAGAGGUGUCGGAACCGCCAAUAAACGAUGCCUGUUACU